AAACAGGCGGGACCUCCGUCACAGUAGCGUAACUGAUCCAACAUGUCGCCGAUGUGACUCGCCUGAGAGAAAACUGUUGAAACGCCUCUAAGUUUCUGGCAUCGUCGGCUCACUUUUCAACAGAUUUUACAUUUAAGAACUCAAGUGUGUAAAACGCAGCUUCUUGAAAUGAAAGGGAAGGAGCGAUCGCCGGUGAAGAAACGAUCCCGAGCGCUCGAUGAAAGCAGAGACCGAGGAGGAAGCUACCCAAGCAGCAGGAAAACCGGACCCGGAGCGCUCUCUGCCGGAAGCAGCAACGGCUCCGCGCAGAGCAGGAGAAGUUUACACAGCGAGAAAAGAGACACGAGGGAGUCCGACGGACAUAUUUCAUCCAGUCGGAGCGGCGGUGGCUACGAGUACGGGGCUGCUCCGGGCACCAAGUCGCACGGCGUCGCUGACGUCGCUGCAGAGACAUCCAGGUCCGGUUCACGCAGCGACGCGCGGCCUCCGUCAAACGCAGGAAGUGAGUACAAGACUCUGAAAAUAAGCGAACUUGGCUCCGAGUUAAACGACGAGGAGAUAGAAGACGGGCUGUUUCACGAGUUUAAAAAAUUUGGAGAAGUGAGCGUCAAAAUUAGCCGUGAGAACGACUACAGGGUGGCGUUUGUGAACUUCAGGAGGCCCGAGGACGCCCGGGCGGCUAAGCACGCCCGCGGGAAGUUGGUGCUGUACGACCGGCCGCUGAAAAUAGAGACCGUCUACCUGAGCCGUCGGAGAAGCCGCUCGCCUGCAAAUAAAGAGCCUUUCCCCCCGGGUCACAGACAUCUCCACACACAGAGACCCGCGUCUCCCACGGGUGUGGGCUACAGAGACUACCGGCUACAGCAGCUAGCUCUGGGCCGCCUCCCCGCUCCUCCUCCACCUCCUGACCUCAGAGAACUGGGGAGAGACAGGGAGGGCUCCCUGUUUGAUGCCAGAAACAGAAUCCCGUUCUCUGAUUGUGCUAUUUACCGCGAGGAGGACCUCAUCAGCCCCGAGGACGACGAGAGGGCUAACAGGACGUUGUUUUUGGGCAACUUGGAUACAAGUUUGAAUGAAAACGACUUGAGGAGAACGUUUGAGAGGUUUGGAGUGAUUACAGCGGUGGACAUAAAGAGGACUACCAGGGGACAGAGCCACACCUUUGGAUUCAUCAAGUUUGAGAAUCUUGACAUGGCUCAUCGUGCCAAACUAGCCAUGUCAGGGAAGGUGGUGGGUCACAGCCCAAUUAAAAUUGGAUAUGGGAAGCCUACACCCUCCACCAGGCUGUGGGUGGGAGGUCUUGGACCGUGGAUUCCACUCGCCGCCCUGGCUAAAGAGUUUGACCGCUUUGGCACCAUUAGGACUAUAGACUACAGGAAAGGAGACGUGUGGGCUUACAUCCAGUACGAAAGCAUGGACGCCGCUCAGGCUGCAUGCACUCACAUGAGAGGUUUCCCUUUGGGUGGUCCUGACAGAAGAUUGCGAGUGGACUUCGCAGAGACGGAGCAUCACUACCAGCAACAGCAGCAGUACAUGCAGCUUCCACUUGCUCUGCCACCAACCUAUGACUUGGUCCCUGAGAGCUUUCCUCAUCGCGUCACUGAGCCAGUGAGGGUGAGAGAGCGGUCCCCUCCACUUCCUGCUCGUUUCAGAGACCUUUACUCCUCUGAAUGGUCUGGCCUGAAUGUCCACGAAAGGAUGCGAGGAGUUAACUUCAACCCCGUCGAUCGUCCGGAGAGGCGCUCUAGAGAGAGCUGGUCGAUGGAGCGGGAGCUGCAGAACAGAGACUUGAGCCGCAAAAGAAAACUUCUCGAUGAUGCCUGGCGCCUGGAGCAUUCGCCUGACGCCGUAGACCACGGUGUUCGUCGUCAUGGCAGCUCGCUGGAGCGCAGUCCAGGAGGGAGCAGCCGAGACGGGGGGCGCUACAGCGACCCCGAACGUCUGCCUCGCUCUGACAGAACUUCCCCCGCCAGAGAGCGACAGAACAGCCAUAACACAAGCUGUGCUGACAAAAGGAAAAAAACACAGAAUCUGUCUGAGACCAACGCUGAGAAGGACAGGAAACGCAAAGCUAGUGACUCAUCCAAGAGCCCGGCCAAGAAGGAGCAUCGCUCCGAGAAUCCAGCCUUGAGCUCCUCCCUGUCCAAAUCUGUCCAUCAGGCGAACCCUAACGGACAGAAGCUGAGUCAGGUCUGGCAGGGAGUCCUCCUGCUCAAGAACAGCAGCUUCCCAACCUCUCUGCACCUGCUGGAAGGAGACCUGAGGGUGGCCACUGGCCUGUUGCUAAAUGGCCCUACGGGAGGGAGUGUGUCCCAGUUGAAGAUCAGCCAACGUCUACGUCUGGACCAGGCCAAGCUGGAUGAGGUUGCUCGCCGCCUCAAGGCCGCCAGCUCCAGCGGAUCCUCUGUUCUCCUGGCAGUGCCCGGUAAAUCGGAGGACGGCGAACCACAGGACACCAGCAACUCCAUGGAGCGGCCGCUGAAGAACCUGGUUUCCUACCUGAAGCAGAAGGAAGCCGCCGGUAUUAUCAGCCUGCCUGUUGGGGGCAGCCGCGACAAGGACCAAGGGGGGGUUCUGCACGCUUUCCCUCCAUGUGAGUUCUCCCAGCAGUUCUUGGAUGCCUCUGCCAAAGCUUUUGCCAAAUCCGAGGAAGACUACCUGGUGAUGGUCAUAAUUAAAGGAGCCUCGUAAAAAAAAAAAAAAGUGCAUUUCCUUUUAUUUUGGUUGUUUUUCAUUUGAUCUCUCAUUGUUUAAAUUGUGAGGUGUAUAAACAGAGGUUUUGAUAAUAAAUCAGAGUAGAAGGGUUCCCUGAUCUAUAUGAUGGCUUUUAUUUCACACUGUGAACAGAUUUAUAAACAGAGCUACAGGAUAAGAGUUGGAUAAAUGAUGGAGUGUAUUAUGUGUGACAUGCUGCCUUUUGCUGCUUCGGAUAAGAGAUAAAAUCUCACUAAUCUAAGGGUACUCUAGUGAAGUGAGUCAGAGCACCCAGACUUCUGUUUCUUCCCUCAUCACAUUUAAAUGGAAACGUGUCCUUUUACACCCUGUUAAGGCCAUUUUUAGUAGAUUAUGGCAACAGACUCAUUUUAUUAGUGUUUAUAGCCUUUCCUGCUUUAAUCUGUAUUUGUUAUCAAAUGAUCAAAAGUACAUUUCAGUGUGAUUUUUGGUUGAUUAAGGUCAUUUUCCUGAAAAAGUACUUGUGUCAGAUGUCUCGGAUGAAGUUAAAAGUCUGGAAACACUCCAGAUCCUUAACCCUCUGGAGGCCGGCGUUGCAGAUUAGCAACGUUAAAACCUACCUACCUGGUUACUCCGCACACGUGUUUCAUGAGUAUUUUUUUUAACUCAGAAGUACCCCUGAAGGACUUAGUUGUUCGUCCUUUUAUCAAAACUUAUUUUGAGCCCGAGAGGGUUAAAACGUUCACCACAAACGUUGUUUUCUUUUAAAAAUGAGUAUUCUGUGGAAGCCAGUUACUGCCACUCUGAUGAAAGAAAAAAAUAACCUGUAUCCUAUAAUUAUGACUUAGAGCUCUCAUAAUUAGAAGAUACAUGUUUAUAUUUUUCUUAGUGUGGCACAAAUGGGCUUCCAUAGCUUGACUGAAGUCCUGAAAGUGAUGAACAGACGUGAGAUGUGGGCUAAAUUAGACAUUAUUUGUUCUGUUUGUGCUCAGCAGCUGGAUCCAAGACCCAAGUCCGGACGUUUUCAGACAAAUCUGUUCAGAUGACCAUUUAUGGUGAAAGGUUUUGACAAUUCCAGAGACCCAUCACCAUAAUGUCUGGCGUCACUUUCAUUUAAUUAGAAGUAAUAUUUUUAUUGUUGUUAUUUUUUAAAUUUAAUUUCCAAUCAGAUCUGACUUUCCAUGAAACCCGUUAAGAUGUUUGUCAUUACACUUUAAGGACAUUUCAGAGACUAAUGUAAACAUUUGCUUAAUCAACAACUGACAAAUGUCAUUAGUGUUGUGGGGCUUUUAGUUUGAAAUUGAACUCCCUAAACUUUAUUAUUUUUUUUAAAUGCAUCUUUUUCUAACCAGAAUCUUAUGUAGUUUGAACACAUUGUUGGAACUACCCCCCCGCAGAGCGCGUGCUGUUUAACUGUAGAAAAAGAGCUGAUGUAACGUGUUCUGGGGCUGAUCUGGAGUUGCAUCUGAAGAGGAGAGGACCUCGCUCUGGAACGGCCCUCCACUACGUCGGACUUUAACCGUUGAUUUUCAUGCUUUGAUUUGAAUUCUGUGUUUUAAUUUGAAAAAAGCAAAAAUAUCUGUGCAGUGUACUUGGGAUUUCUGGAGAGAGAAGUGGAGAACAUCAAUGCUCUUGGGCCUAAGAAGUAUAUAUAGAUAACUGUCAGACAAACGCAGAGUGCAGCAUGCACCGCAAACUUCUUGUCUUAAUAAAUUUGCUCUUUCGUGGGAAACACGAGUGCCUCGGAAGACAACUUUUGUGACCUGUUCUGUUCUUGGAAUGUUUUAUCAAACUUGGAGAGGCUUUCCCUUUGACAGCAGCAGCCGAGGAGAGGAAGGAGAAGCUUCUCUUGUCUGUGUUUUCGUGGUUUCUCCAUGUUGAAUGACCUCUGUGAGGAGCGUUCAGACCACCUGCAUUCCUCUUAUUGAGAUGCAGUGUUUUCAGCAAGUCUAGAGUCGCCGUUUGACUUCAUACCUCAGUCACCUUGGCGACUGGAGGUGUGGCUGAGAACCAACGCCUAAGAGAGCACACCUCUCCAGCUGCCAGAAGUCACCUUCAUCUGCGGAUUCACAGCAGCAUUAGAUGACCUUGCUCUUCCUUUUUCACCCCCUCCUGACUCCGGCUGCACAUUGGUGCAAAAACGUAUUGGUUCAGGAUCUGCAGCCGCUUUGAGAAGGAGCAGGGAUUUUGUUGUGUAAUUGCUAAAGCUAUCAUUGGAGUUGUGAAGAAGACCGCUGUUAGGGAAAGACGUGUCUUCAGCCCAUGGGAGACGGCGUCUCUACAGCAUCAGAGGAGAGACGACCUGUAGAGGUCAAGCUUUAGCUGGUUUAAUGUGGUUUCAAACGCCUGAAGCGAGGCGACGAGCGCGGUGCUGGGAGAUUCUGCUGCUGGAUCCCCGCCCUGCAUCCACAGAUGAGCAGAAGGGCUGCAAGUGUCCGCCUGAGACGGCGGACCUGUCUCGUGUGUUCCUGGAGCUGAGGGACGGGACGGGACGGCCUCGAGUCCUCUGGCUGUGUGCAUGCAGCUCCGCAGAGCGAGGGUUCUCCAUGAACUGAGCAGUCAUCAGAGGUCACGAUGGCAGGAAGACGGAUCACCACCUAGGCUGUCGCCAAUGACAACAGCAGGUAUGUAGCUGGGUCACAUGGGUCAAGGAUCUCAGGGAACCAGUUCUGUUGCGGUUGUGUGUUUAGAUCCCGUUCAGAUAAAGUCAUGGUCCAGAUGUUUCAGGUUGUUCCUCCACCAGGUGAAAAGACUCGUCAGUAGAACCAGUGGUCCAGAAAUAACAGCGUGAGCUGAACAGGUGAGUACAACUGAGGUCUGUUCCAAAAUUUCACUUUAUUUAAACCUGACUUGUAAAUGGAAUCAGAUUUGAGUUUGAAUAAUAAAUAUUUUUGUUUAAAAACAA